GUUCUUGUCUCCACCCGUCUUUUUCGAUCUUAUCAUCAAGUAAUAUACAAUCCUAAAAAUUUGUUCCCUGUUUUUUUGGGCAAACAAGAGUCGCGACAGUAUAGGUCAUGAAACGUAUAUAUAUGUACCGAAACGACUAAAAGAUGUCCAUUUAUAAAACGUUCAUAUGUCUAUUUGCAAAUCUUUCAUGAAUUUAACCGUUUUAUAUACCUGUUGUAAAUCAAGACUGAUGUUACGUGUAAUGUAAGUAACGCAUAUAGAAUCAAAUACACCACAUCACCAUUAUCAGUAGACACGAAGAUUUCGUCAGGAGUACUUUUCCAAGCUUAAAUAAGAUAGCUUCGGUUUUUUUUGUACACAUAUAUCAAUGUAAUGGUCUAUAUUGUUAAAUCGUAACCGGUCAAUUUUGAGAAAAACAUUAUUCGAUAUCCACGUUUGAUAAGUUUAUAUAAGUACAGAAAAAUUAAAAAUUACAAAGAAAGUGUUCAGUGAACGUUUAAAAGUAGUCCAACACAUCUUCGGUGAUUCUACAGAGUCGCCUAAAACCGAUAUGAUAGAUAAUAAUACAACAUCCAUUCUCAUCGGCAAUAAAUUGGAACAUCUUACUUUCGGAUGGACCGAUUACACCCUAUUCGUCUUCCUGUUAGGCAUCAGUAUGGUCAUUGGCGUUUAUUUUGGUUUCUUUAAAAAACAAGACAGUACCACCGAGUAUCUACUCGGUGGUAAAACUAUGUCUUUUUUUCCGAUCAGUAUGAGUUUAAUCGCCAGUCACAUAUCCGGUGUAUCUUUGCUUGGCGUGCCUUCAGAGGUGUAUCAACAUGGCAGCCAAUAUGCAGCAUGCAUCUUCACCUCUUUCAUAACUUGCUCGAUCAUUGCUUACAUCUACUUACCUGUCUUUUUCAAAUUACAAUUGACUAGUAUAUUUGAAUAUUUAGAAAUUAGAUUUGCCCGACCUGUACGAUUGUUCGCAUCAUUUUUAUACUGUUUGUCUCUCGUCAUUUACAUCCCUUUGAUUAUUUACGUUCCCGCUUUAGCAUUUUCUCAAGCAACUGCAAUUAAUUUACAUCUAAUUGCACCCGUCAUUUGCAUCGUUUGCAUCUUUUACACGACUAUAGGGGGCUUAAAAGCCGUCGUAUGGGCGGACACGGUUCAAAUGACAGUAACCGUAGGAAGCUUGUUUGCUGUUCUCUUGUUAGGGAUCAGAUCCGUGGGCGGUGUUACCGAAAUUUGGAAAAUAGCGGAUGAAGGUGGGAGGGUUGUGUUUUGGAACAUGAAUCCGAGUCCCUUUACUAGAAAUUCUUUUUGGGGUAUGUCGGUAGGCAUGUCAACUACAUGGCUUGUUGGCAUCGGUAUCAGUCAAGUUUCCAUGCAAAGGUUUUUGGCUGUACCAACGAUGACAGAAGCAAGAAAAUCAAUAGCAUUUAUGGCAGUUGGAUUGGUGGUAGUUAAAUGGGUUUCGGUAUUCACUGGACUUAUCAUGUAUGCUAAAUAUUACAAAUGCGAUCCAAUAACAGCACACGUAGUAUCAAGGAGUGAUCAAAUUUUACCAUAUUACGUGUUGGACGUAGCUGCUAAUGCACCAGGUUUACCAGGACUUUUCCUUGCUGGUUUGGUUAGUGCUGGACUUGCCAGUAUGAGUGGUGGAUUAAACACAACAGCUGGUACAAUUUACGAGGAUUUCAUUGAACCUUGGAUGCCCGAUACUCCUGACAAAGAGAAAAAAGCAGCUACGAUUAUGAAGAUCACGGUAGUUAUUAUAGGCACUAUUUGUGUGGCAUUGGUCUUCGUAGUUGAUCGUCUUGGAGACGUUUUUCAAGUAUCCAUGAGCUUGACCGGGAUUACAGCUGGCUCGAUGUUGGGUCUGUUCAGUUUAGGUAUGUUAGUACCAUGGGCAACAACAAAGGGUGCUGUUGUUGGUAGCUCAUUUUCUAUGGCAUUAAUGGUAUGGAUUAUUGCUGGUGCUCAAUGGAAUAUGGCUCUUAAAAAGUUGAUCUAUAAGCCUCUUCCAACUUCUACUGCCGAAUGUUUCCUUAAGGAUGAUAUUUUAAACAAUCAUACUACAACAAUGCCGACAAAUGUAUCCACAGUUGACGUUGACAAUGAACCUUUCAUCCUUUACACGAUUUCUUUUAUGUAUUAUACUUUGAUCGGUUGUUUGGUUGUAAUGGUAAUCGGUACGAUCGUAAGCUUCCUUUGCGGAGCACCAGAUCUUAACGAGGUCAAUAAAGAUCAUUUUCCACCGAUCAUACGAAGAUUUCUACCACGCAAAAAGUACACCGAAGUAUCAUUACACAACGUACCAACUUCGUUGAUAACCGAAAAAAGCGAAUUAAUGUCCUAGACGAAUUUCAUAAGUUUUCUCGUUUCAUAAGUGCAGAGAUAUAUAGUUAAGGGAGAGAGAAGUUCGAAAUCAAGGAUAAUGAAAAUCUGGAAAGAUUAGGAUCAUCCAUCGCGGGAUAUAUUCGACGAAGAAACGAAGAUACUCUUUAUUCACAUUUAUCUCUCUCUUCUCUUCUCGGUUUUGCUUUAUUCUCUUCUUUCUUUUUCUCUCUUUCAGAGAUCUUUUUGUGUGUUGGUCAUAGGUGGUAGAGACCAGUCGCGAGUUUGCCUGACAACUGUACCUAACUGGUUCUUCCAGGGUUGAAAGCACCCAUUAGGUCCUCGAUGAGGGUGUCAAAUUGACUAGAUUAUAUAUCUCUCUCGUGCAUCUCAAUACAAACAAACCUUCCAAACAUCUGUAGGAACGAUUCUUAUCGGAUUAGAACGAAUGUAAAUGCGGUACUCGCCGAGAGGCAAUCGUCGAGUCGCUUUUUAAUCUGCACGUUGAAGGAGUCGAUAGAAAAAACAUUUUUCAUUAUGCGUAUGUGUGUGUGUGUGUGUGUGUGUGUGUGUUAUGUGUGUGUAUGCUUAAACGAGCUCUCGCGGUGUGCAUGUGUCUCUUCAUAAAAAUAUAAGACAAAAAUUUGUAAACAAUAAAAU